AUGUCACAAAAUACCAAAACAUAUAGAGAUGCAUUUGCACUUUUUGAUAAAAAGGGAACUGGUAAAAUCCCAGUAGAACAUUUAGGAGAUUUAUUAAGAGCAAUAGGACAAAAUCCAACAUUAGCAGAAAUAUCAGAAUUACAAUCUACAAUAAAAGGUUCUGAUUUUAAUUUUGAUCAAUAUCAAGAAAUUAUAAAUCGUCCUGAUGGUUUCAAACCUUUAGGAAAUCCUGAAGAUUAUAUAAAGGGGUUUCAAGUAUUUGAUAAAGAACAAACUGGUUAUAUUGGAGUUGGUGAAUUGAAAUAUAUUUUAACUUCAAUUGGUGAAAAAUUAAGUGAUUCUGAAGUUGAUGAAUUAUUAAAGGGAGUUAAUGUAACAUCUGAUGGUAAUGUUGAUUAUGUUGAAUUUGUCAAAUCUAUAUUAGAUCAAUAG